CAGGUCACAUGGAAAUUUGGUGAAAGGCCUUCAGCUCUUUUUAGGCCUCUGUGCUAUGUUGCUUGGUCAGGAGUUCGCACAAAAGGCACCACAUGGUUUCUAGUUUUUGUUUUGGGUAUAAAAGAAAGGGGGUUACACCUGAUACAGCAUCAGCUCACCAACAAAGCUCACACAGACCAACAAAGCUCCCUAUCUGAUCAUCACCAUGGCCAGGGUAAGCACUGCAUAUCUUUAAUUAAUAUUAAAUAAAAAAAAAAGAAGUUAUUAUUCAAAUUUAUUAAUCCCUCCUCUUUUCUUCCAAAUGUCUUUGCCCAAACAGGUCAUCUUCUACGAGGACAGGAACUUCAUGGGCCGCUCCUAUGAGUGCAGCAGUGACUGUUCCGACAUGUCCUCCUACCUGAGCCGCUGCCACUCGUGCAGGGUGGAGAGCGGCUGCUGGAUGGUGUAUGAUCGGCCCAACUUCACGGGAAACCAGUACUUCAUCAGGAGGGGAGAGUACCCUGACUACAUGAGCAUGUGGGGCUGGGGUAACAACUGCAUCAGGUCUUGCCGCAUGAUCCCCAUGUACCGGGGCAACUACAGGAUGAGGAUCUAUGAGAGGGAGAACUUCAUGGGGCAGAUGAUGGAUCUGAGCGAUGACUGCGACUCCAUCAUGGAUCGCUACCACUGGACCGGCGGAUGCCACUCGUGCCACGUGAUGGACGGCCACUGGCUCAUGUACGAGCAUCCUAACUACAGAGGCAGGAUGUGGUACUUCAGGCCCGGAGAGUACCGCAGCUUCAGGGACUACGGCAACAUGAACUUCAUGAGCGUGAGGCGCAUCAUGGAUUCCUGGUAUUAAAGAAAAAAAUAUCUUGGUCUAAUCGGUUACACCAUGUGAACAUC